AUGGCCGAACUUAAAUCGUCAAAAAUAGACCCGGAAAAUGCCAAGAACGAGUACAAUUUGUUUAAAUCCUCUCUAGCUCAAAUCGGUACGAUCAUCGUGCAAAAUGUGAUAAUGUUGGGCUUUGGCAUGUCGCUGGCCAUUCCAACGGUGGUCAUCGGGUCGCUGAUGUCAGAUGAAGUCGAUAGCGGCGGAGGCGACAGCAUGACAUUGACGGAAACUGAAGCGUCGUGGUACGGCAGCGUGCUGUUGGUAUGCCACCCGACGGGAGGCCUGCUAUCGGGCGUGCUGCAGGAGAUCGUGGGCCGCAAGUGGUGCAUGGCCCUGGUCAGCGUACCGCAGCUGGUCGGCUGGUACGUGCUGUGGCGGGCCGGCAACGCGUUCGAUCUGUACGUGUCGUGCGUGGCGCUCGGCCUGAGCAUGGGCCUGAGCGAGGCGCCAGUACUGACGUACGUGGGCGAGACGGUCGAGCCCAGGCUCCGUGGCCCACUGUCGUCGGUGUCCACGUUCACCAUCAUGCUCGGUUCGUUCGUCGCCUACCUCAUGUCCACGGUCAUGCCGUGGCGGACGGUCGCCAUGAUCAACAUGGCCGUGCCCGUUAUAUCGUUUGCCGCCGUCGUGCUCCUGACCCCCGAAUCGCCAGUUUGGCUGUUGUCGAGGAACAGGCCCGACGAGGCGAAAAAGUCGUUGGCCUACCUGAGGGGUUGCGUGAGCACGGCCGACGUGGAAGACGAGUUUUCCGAGCUUUCGAUCUACGCAGGAUUCAACAAGUCCGUCGAUCUCGAACAGUACGCCGACUGCGGAAUAGACCAACGGCGUCUGUCCUACGUCAAGUACCUGCAGAUCAACACCAACGACACUACCAACGCCGAAAUCGACAUUCUCGCCAAUCAAAACCAGGUCGGUUUUCUGGACACACUGAAGAGUUUUUGGUCACCGGAACUCAACCGGCCGUUCUUGUUCAUAAUGCUCUUCUUCUUCUUCUGGUCGUUCGCCACGUUCAUACCGGCCAAACCGUACCUGAUAGCCGUGUUUGGCGAAAUCGGUUUACCGUGCACUGCUCAAUGGACACUGGUCUAUACUUCUAUAUUGACCUUGGUAGGAACUCUUUUGAACGUGUUGACCGUCUCCAAAUUCGGCAAACGUCCUAUCACAUUGGUUUCGAUGGCGCUCUGUGCUUUUUCGAUGCUCGGAAUUGGAAUGUACAUGCUUUCUACUACUUAUUUCUCGUUUUCGUCUACAUGGAUACCGAUGAUAUUGUUGAACGCCUUAUUCUUCUUCUCCGGUUACGGUGUGUUUCCCAUUCCAUGGAUGUUGGUCAGUGAAAUAUAUCCGACAAAGGGACGCGGCAUCGCAAGUGGACUAACGGCCGCAUUGGCGUUUUUGAUGACGUUCGUUUUGACGAAAUUUUUUUUGGAAAUGCAAGAGUGGUUCACUCUCCCCGGGCUGUUCAUCGUUUACGGAUCGAUCACGUUAGUCGGAACUCUCUACUUGUAUGCGUGCAUGCCCGAGACUGAAAAUAAAACGCUGCAAGAUAUCGAACAAUUUUUCAUCGGUGACUUGGACGACUACGAGGACCACGAUAAUCAAAACUGA